AUGUCUUCUCGCCACAAAAUACCAUAUCAAACUCAUAGAAAUGUUGUUUCUACACACAGUCAUCACUCUCGCGAUUCUCACAAAGACACUAUAAUUUUAAAUCGUUAUAAACAUCGAUCUCAUCAUUCCAAUCGUUCUAAUCGUUCUUUUUCCCCUCAUCAUUCUCGUGGUCAUUCUCCCUCUCCUCAUCACUUUCGUAGUCGUUCUCGUUUCCCUGAAUUCGCUAAACUUCAGUCAGAAGUUUCAUUACUUGCUGCUGAAUUAAAUAAGUUGAAAGCAUCAUCGCAACAAUCUUUGGACAAUGACUUUGGGCAACUUGGUAAAAAAUUACGACGAAAACACAAUAUUAAACAUAUGUUUAGCACUCAGGACAAACUACUCUAUGAACUAAAACCUCAUUCUUGGACAGUUGACGAAUUUAAAAAGAAUCUUGAUCAAAUUAUUGAAGUAAGUGGGUAUUAUUCCGAUGAGGUUUCUGAAACAGAUAUUGACCAGGCAGCUUAUGAAGUUGAGAAAGAGAACUGUACAAAAGAUGAUGAUGCUGUUGAUGAUUUUCAC